CCUCCGUCCCUCCUUUCCCACUGAAAACCCUUUGCAAAAAUUAAAUAAAGCUCACGAGCUCCCACUUUUCAGACUUUCAAAACCUUCAAAAAAAGGCCAUCCACAUACACAAAAAAGGCUCAAGAAGUUAUAUUUGUAAUAAGCCCAAAAAACCAAACACAUAAAAACAAGUUUCUGAGAUCUUAACACAAGUUGUGGUGGAGAUAUAUCCAUUUUCUUUUCUUCUCCAACUCACACGGCAAAAAAUCACCAAAACCCCAUCACAGCAAAAGGAAUCCAUUUUCCUCACACCUUCAAGUAUAUAUAUAUAUAUAUAUAUACUUUGGUGGGUGGUUUUUUUUCUUCUUCUUUUCUUUUGUGGGAAAUUGCAGCAGAGAGAAUAUUUCUUUUAGCUAGGAAUUUGGAAUUCAUGCUUGCUGUGUCAGCUUUGAGGAGCACAAAGGAUGAGAACCAAGGAGAGAUGGAGAGCUUCUCAAUCGGUGCAAAUGACUUCCCUGACUUCUCCGAUGGGAACUUGCUCGACAGCAUCGAUUUCGACGACCUUUUCGUGGACCAGAUCAACGACGGAGAUGUGUUGCCGGAUUUGGAGAUGGACCCGGAACUCCUUGCCGAGUUAUCCGUUAGCGGGGGUGAGGAAUCCGACAUGUACACAUCCAUGUCUGUCGAAAAACUAGACGACAAUUACAAUACAAAGAAAGAAGAGGAAGACAAAGUUUCCGGUUCUGGUUCUGGUUCCGGUUCCGGGUCAAGUCGAGGAGAAGAAAUUGUGAGCAAAAGCGAUGAAUCUGUUGUGGUGAAACCACCUACAAAGGAAGCUGAUAAAGGCAGAAAAUCAUCUUCACACUCAAAGCAUUCUCAUGGAAAGCGCAAAAUGAAGGUGGAUUGGACCCCAGAGCUGCACAGAAGGUUUGUGCAAGCUGUGGAGCAGCUAGGGGUGGAUAAGGCAGUGCCUUCAAGGAUUUUAGAGCUUAUGGGAAUUGAUUGUCUCACUCGCCACAACAUAGCCAGUCACCUUCAGAAAUAUCGGUCACAUCGGAAGCACUUGCUGGCGCGUGAAGCGGAAGCUGCUAGCUGGAGCCAAAGAAGGCAGAUGUAUGGGGCGGCUACCGGUGGAGGAGGAUGCAAGAGAGAGAUGAGUCCUUGGCUAGCACCCACCAUGGGUUUCCCACCUCCUAUAACACCCAUGCACCACUUUAGGCCCUUACACGUGUGGGGUCAUCCUCCCAUGGACCAAACAUUAAUGCCAAUGUGGCCUAAACAUCUAGCCCAUUCGCCACCUCUACCACCACCUCUGCCGCCUACGUGGGUACCCGCUCCUCCACCGCCAGCACCAGAUCCUUCAUACUGGCACUCUCACAACCAACGUGUUCCAAAUGCUUUAACCCCAGGAACGCCUUGCUUUCCACAGCCACUGGCAACAACGAGAUUUGCCACGCCACCUGUCCCGGGCAUCCCACCCCAUGCCAUGUACAAAGUAGACCCCGCCGGCAUCGGUGUCCCGACGACCGCACAAUCAGGCCCCCACCCUCUGCUGGACUUUCAUCCGACAAAGGAGAGCGUAGAUGCAGCCAUUGGAGAUGUAUUAUCAAAACCUUGGCAGCCACUUCCUCUAGGCUUAAAACCUCCAUCUCUUGAUGGCGUGCUGGGGGAACUUCAACGACAAGGAAUCCGGAAAAUACCACCCUCUUAUGCUUGACUUUAACGCCACAAAAACCCUAAAUUCGACGAAAUUUCUUGCAUUACAGUAUGCAUCUAAUUGCCCUUCUUCUUUUCCUUUUUUCUUUGAGUUCUUCACGGAAUUUAAGUAUUUUUCUUUUGUCCUUGUACUCUAGAUGUUCAGGAACAGGCUUCGUUUUUAUCAGCUUAUCCAUGUGUAAUAAUAAUGCUGGCCAAGCAUUUUUUUGUAAUAUUAAUAAAUGCAGAGUUAAUCAAAUCGAAAAGUUUCUUGUUUU